UCUUCUUCCCUCAUUCAAAAAGAAAGCGAAUUCAAAAAUUCGUCAUGGGUUCCAUAAAGAAGGAAGGUUUGCCACUCAUCGAUCCCUCCAAAACCGCCGUUGCCUCAGCCGUGUCCAACAAAGGAGCGCACGCUGCUCUUGGCUACAUGUUCAGUGCAGUUCUCUUGGUUCUGUUUAACAAAGCAGCUCUUUCUUCUUUCAGCUUUCCAUAUGGAAAUGUGAUUACACUUUUUCAGAUUCUAUGUUCGUGUGCAUUUCUCUAUGCCAUGAAACGCUGGAAGAUAAUCUCUUUCACAGAGGGGGAACCACAGAGCAUUACUAGUAACCCAGUAACCUUGGUACCGUUGAAGACACUGUUUCAUGCCCUUCCGCUGGCGGUUUCAUAUUUGCUAUACAUGUUAAUUACCAUGGAAUCUGUUCGUGGCAUAAAUGUUCCUAUGUAUACCACCCUAAGGCGGACUACUGUGGCUUUUACCAUGAUCGUGGAGUAUCUUUUGACAGGACGGAAACACUCAUUAUAUGUUGUUGGCAGUGUGGGGAUAAUUAUACUUGGUGCAUUUGUUGCUGGAGCUCGUGACUUGUCAUUUGAUGCCUAUAGCUAUUCCAUUGUUUUUAUAGCAAACAUCUGCACAGCCAUAUAUCUUGCUUCCAUUGCUCGUAUUGGUAAAUCCACUGGCCUUAAUAGCUUUGGCCUUAUGUGGUGCAAUGGAAUAGUUUGUGCACCAAUCUUGUUGUUUUGGACGUCAUACAAAGGUGACCUUGAAGCAAUGAUGAACUUCCCUUAUCUAUAUUCUAGAGGAUUCCAGGUGCUUCCUUUUCACAAAAUAAUUUCUCUUACUAUAUCCGUUUCCUCAAGAUAUGUUCUUCAGAAAGAAAGUGCUUUCAUUGUUAGCUAUUUGCAAAUGCAUCUAUUAAUAUUCCUGCUUAGUUCUCAGCUUUCAGUCACUUCUGUUUCUUUUUCUUGUUUUGGUGUUACCCAUCUCGUGUAUGUCAUGCACACUUGGUUUUAUUUCUUUCACCGGCUACAAAUUGCUUUUCCUUGGACUCCUUUCUAUUAUUGUGAUGCUUCUCUCUUGUAUCAUGGCUUUCCUGAUAAAUUAUUAUGUAUUCUUGAAUACAACACUCAAUUCAGCUCUGACACAGACAAUAUGUGGCAAUUUGAAGUCAGUGGUUUCGAUGUUUUGUCACUGGAAAAAGAAAUUUUAUGGGAAAGGGGUUCAAUGCUCAAAUGGGGUGAACCUUCUUGUAGAUCACUAGACCACUGUUCAAUGUGUUUCAGUAAAUGCCAAAAGGAAAUAUUGCAAAUUAUAUCAGCACUGAAGACUGUUGGGGAAAACAGGGUAGCUUCAACUCUUAUGAAUGUGCAUGGGAAAAAUUCUGUUUUUCUUAUGCUUGCUUUUUCUUUGCCUUUAAGGGCCCGUUACAUGAAAGUCUCAAUUGAGCUAGAUAUAGUUAUGUCACCCACUUUCUUGUUUUUGCUUCCAGAUGAAUGUUGUUGGCCAAUCUCUUGGGUUUUUGGGGUCAUGUGGAUGUUUUCACAGUUUUCCAUCCACCAUACAACCUUCAUCCAAUCAGAUUUGCUUCACUUUGACUCGGAGGUCACAGGUUCAAGUCGUGACAAACAGCUUCUUUGCGUAACAAAGGAUAAGGUGCGUGUAUCCGACCCUACUCAAACCCUUAAAUGGAGGAGCCUCGUGCGUUGA